UUCUGCAGGUUAAAUUUUUAUAUUUUAGUGUUCGAGGAGUUAUAAUAUAUAUGAAAGUUUGUUCAAAGCAUUUUGAAGAGUUUGAUUUUCAUACACAAAGUAAGGAGCUGAGACACGCAGAUUUGUGUUUGAGACCGAGAAAAACUAACUUGAGACGCCGAAAUUUGAAAAGAAAUGCAGUCCCAACAAAAAACCUUUCUGCAGGUACUCAUGAGAACAUAAAGAAGAAAGAAAGACGGAAUUUAACUAGAUAUGAUCCUGUACAACAACCAAUUUUGAAAUCUGACUGUGAAGUAAUGACACAAAAUCAAGAUGAAAAUGAACUUCAUGCUCAGGAAAUGAUUCACAGGCCUGAUGAAUUGUUGGCUGCUGAAGCUCUAUGUGCUUUUAUCAAUAAGGACAAUUUGUGACAAUAUUACUACAAAUCAAAAGCUUAACAGCUUGACAGGGUUGAAUUCUUUCGAAAUGCUGAAAA